AUGACUGUUGAUACGUUGACAGUAAAGAAAGAUGAAGAUUACUUCAGUUUGAAAUACUCGUACCAGUUGCAGAAUGACAAUUCUAACUUAGAAGAACAAUUCAUUAUACCAGAUAAAAAAUUCAGUUUGAAUGUUAAUCUACAUAUAAAUGGUACUAAGCUCCAUACCACGGAUUACGGAAGUUUGGUAGAGGCAAUUGGACAUAGCUUUGUCGAGUGUCGUUACUGGAAGCAUAUUGACAUGAAUACAAGCUUAUUCAUCAGAGGCGAUAAAACUACGUCAUUUCUGUUAGAUCUUGAGUGUAAUGUAUCUACCCCCAUUAUUAAUGAUCUACUCGAUAUGAAAUAUGCAUUCCCCAAUUCCAUAAAUUUGCUAAGUCUGAUAGACUUAGAUUUCCACUUUAACACAUUUCAGCCAAAACUACAACUUGCUGACAUUGUAGACGCAUUGAACUAUCUGCUUGGUUCGUUGUUCAUUAACUUGGAGUUUAAAUUUCCCUUUGUGUUCUCAUUUUACGGUAGGAAGCUAUUCAAAACAAACUAUAAUUGGCUUUUCAGAAAUCUCGACGAGAUGUUAUGUUCAUCUCCUGCAAACCUCCCUUCUGUAAUUCAUAAUAAGAACGAAGCGUUCUUGCAAUCUAUGAAAAAUAUUCAGUUGAAAGCACUAGCGGAAUACAAUACUUUGAGUAUUAUGAAAGAGUGUGAUAUGUCUGGAUCUAAGUUAGACGCGUGUAAGAAGUACAGAAGCCGUUUCCUUGAUCUGGGCUUACCUCCCACCCCUAAUCUAUCCAUCAAAGCAAUGGUUUUCGACUUACAACUCUUUGAUCUAAAGUAUAUUGAAAGCCAUCUUAAUAUCGAAUCGAUCACGUGA